CGCCAUAUCGGAGAUUACUGGGCGCGUUGGGCGAUUUUGAAUUUUCAGCAGCAUUGUCUUUCGGAGCGAAAUCGCAAGAACAAGAAUCACCGCUUUUAGGAUAUGCCGGUUGAGGCUCGACGUAGCUAGCUACAGAUAUUGAAGCAGUAUGAGCUGGGUAGUGGAGGAGUGGAAGGAUGGUCUUUCAGGUAAAGCCCUGCAGAAGAUACAAGAGAUUGAGGGACAGCUGGACAAGCUGAAGAAGGAGAGGACUCAGAAACAGUUCCAGCUCGACUCACUGGAGGCCGCUCUACAAAAACAGAAACAAAAGGUUGACAGUGAGAAGAGCGAGGCGUCUGCCAUUAAGAGGGAGAACCAGGCCUUAGUAGAGUCAUGUGACGCCGUGGAGAAGGCCCGUCAGAAGGCAACCCACGACCUGGGGGUCAAAGUGCAACAGGUCAGCAACCUGGAGGGUCAGCUCAGCACCAGCAAGAAGACCAUAGAACGACUGGAGCAGGAACUCAAGAAAUAUAAGAAUGAAAAGGACCGUUCUCAGCCCUCCCACUCCUCUGAUCUACAGUCCUACAGCACUCCUCAGAAGACCUUUGCCACUCCUGCUGCUACUCCCAGCUACAGACAGCAUGACUCCAGACUGGAGGACCUUCAGGAGAGAUACAACCAGGAGGUGGAAGAGAGGAAGAGACUGGAAGCUGAACUGAAAAUCACACAGGUCAAACUGUUGAACCAGUCGUCCGUCAGUCAUAAGGACAUUGGCACCCGGCAACAAGCAGGCUCCUCCAUAUUCCCAUGGCAACAGCAGGACAAGGGCCGCCAGUCCCAGGGCACCAUUGAAACGCCCCUGGCUAGGCGGGCAGGGGGCGGGACAUCCGCUGGCGGCUUCCUGUGGAACACAGAGGAUACACCAAUCAAAUCCAUCCAGCGAAUCAGCACGUCUGUAUCCCAGUUUGAUUCUGAUGGCUCCUCCUCCCAGCAGAUGGAACAGCUGAGGAUGCUGAAUCAAGAGCUGAAGAGUAAAGUGUCUGAGCUGGAACAGCAUCUGCAGUCACAGGAGAAGGACGCGAGGAUGCAGAGCAGCAGGCUCCAGGAGCUCCAAGGCCAGCUGGACCAGGCUAGGAGAGACCUGACAGACAGAGACAAGACCCUGGGCAAGAGCAUAGAUGAACUUAGCAAGGCUACCACUCAGCACGAACAAGUGGUCGCGAAGUGUGUGUCAAUGGAGCAGAAAUUGAAACAGGUCUCUGAGGAGAUGUCCUGCCAGAGGCACAACGCUGAGAGCUGCAGACGAGCUUUGGAACAGAAGGUCAAGGACCAGGAGAAGGAGAGCCAGAAGGAGCUGUCCCACCUCCAGAGCAGCCACCACUCCCUAGAGCAGCAGUUUAACCAGACCAAGACCAAGCUGAACCAGGAGAUACAGCAAGCCAAGAAAGACCACAACAUCCUGCAGGCUGAGAUGGACAAGGUGUCAUGCCAGAGGAGCCAGCUGGAGAGAGACCAGGAGGAGCAGAAACAGAAGCUGCUGAGGUCAGAACAGAGCCUACAGGCCAGCCAAAACAAGGAGCAGGACCUCAGGAAGAAAUUUGAGGAGCUGCAGAGAGAGAAGAACAUUGUGAGCGCCCAGCUGGACCAGGGUAGCAAGAGGCUGUCUCAGCUGGAGGAGGAGAGGAAGACCUCCGAGCAGAACCUCAAACGCACCCAGAGCAUGCUGGAUGACUUCAGAGCCAAAAAUGAAGCCCAGUCCGAAGAGCUGAAAGGACUUGUCACUAAACUGGAAAGCCAGACCAGAUCGUCAGCCCAAGAUCUAGAGAACCUAAAGAAAACGCUCGCAGACGCAGAGACCAAGAAUGACAAGACUCAGAGUGAACUGAAUACCCAAAAACAGGAAGUGGAACAGAUCACAAACAAGCACAGCGCUCUGGAGAAGGAGAUCCAGGAACUGAAGACAACCCUGACCACCACUCAGAGCGAGUUUGUGCAGCUGAAGAAGGAGUACGAGACACUUCAGGGAUGGAAAACAGAGAAGGAGACGCUUGUUAACGAGACUGAGGCUGUGCAGCAAGGCUUUGUCGACAAAAUCACUGAGCUGGAGAAGAGUCUGGGCUCGUUGAACGACGAUAACAGAGGUCUAAAGGAGCAGCUGAAGACUCUGGAGGCUGAGAAGGCUUGUCUAUCGGGGCAGAUCGACUCCCUGAAGGGAGAACUCCUCAACAAGUGCACCGACCUGGAGGAGAAGGGCCGCAUGUACGAAGAGCUUCAGAAACAGCUGGAGGAGUCUGACCAAAAACACUCCAAAAACCUGGAAAAUGUUGGGUUGCAGGUGACCCAGCUCGAGGGACAAGUGAAGGACCUGGAGUCCAGGUUGCAGGUGGAGACUGGCAGGGCGAAGCGGGCCGAAAUGUCUCACACUGAGCUCCAGGAGCAGUACCAGGCAGCCUGCGACCUGGCCCGGUCCAAAGAUGCUCUGGUAGAGUUAGGCCAGAGCGAAGCAGCCCAGCUCAGGGAGAGCCUGGCUCAGACCACGGCCCUACAGGAGGAACAGCUGGCCAGGUUUACCCAGGAGAAGACCGCCCUCCUGAUGGAGUGUGAGGAAAGCGUAGCAUCGAAGGCAGACGAGGCUGAGCAGGCCAAGCUGAGUCUGGUUAAGAUUCAGCUGGAGCUGCCGUUCCUCCAGGACCAGGUGUCUUCACUGGAGUCCAACCUGAAGAUCCAGAAAAGUUUGGGUGUUAAACUACAGGCCCAGUAUGACAACAUUGUCAAUACUAAAGAAAAUCUUGUGGAGAAGCUUUCCGAGGCAGAAAAGAGAGGGGAAAGUCUUCAGGGUGAAGUCAAUAGCCUCUCAGAGCAGGUGAAGACUGUUGGCUCUCUACAGGAGCGCUGUGAUAAUCUGACGGCUGCGGCACAGGAGUCCAUAAGCGCUCUGCAGAACAUGACCGAGACCCUGACCCAGACUGAGACAGAGCUGCAGACACUGAGAGACGUGGUUGUGAAACUAGAGGCUCAGGUGAACGAAGCUGAGACCAAGGCAUCAGAUCUUGAGAGGGAAAAGGCAGAGAUGGCAGAGAAAGUAGACAAAAUCCAGAGGGAAGCUGAAGAGGUUUCUGUGAAGUAUCAAAGCCUUCAGGACUCCCAGGAAGAGGAGAGGAAUGGUUUGCUGAAGCAGAUCUCUAUAUUGAAGGACAGACUCGCUGAGAAUAAUGCUGCUUCCACCCAGCUGUCUUCUGACCUGAAUAACUCCCUGGAAGCUCUGCAGAAGACCCACUCGGCUGCCGUGGAGCUCAACUCCAACCUGGAGAGCAGCCUGGUGGAGAAAACAAACCUAAUCUCUUCUCAGGAGAUGCAAGUCAAAGAGCUCUCAGAGAGACUCCGUAAGGAAGCCGAGAGCCAUGUCACAGAGCUGGAGACUUACCUCCAGAAACAAAGAGGCCUGAAGGAGCAGCUUGAGAUUGUAAAUAGCCAGCUGGAGAGUAAAAGCCAGGAGGCAGCCGAGGCUAAGGAGAAGUGGGAGAGGGCCUCACUAGAACUGUCUAAGCUGAGAGAAGAUUUGUCUUCUGCCAGAAACAGUGUCGAUGAGAAAGGCCGUAAGAUCAAGAGUCUGAAAGAGAGGUUGAACCAGGCUGAGUCUGAACAAGACAAAGCUACCGAUGCCCUGAAAGAGAAGGUCAUCAGCAUGAACAAGAUCAAGGUCCAGCUGGAGAUGCUUCAGAUGGACCUGGAGGACAACGAGGCCUGCAUGAAUACCUUUGACACCCAGAUAGAGGAGCUUAAAGGAACUGUGGAGGAACUCAGAGGAACCGUGGCCUCUCUGAACGGGAGACUGGAGGAGAGCGCGACGCAAAGGUCCACCCUGGAGACCGAGCUGGGCUCUGUCAAAGAGCAGCUGUCAGAGAAGAGCUGUGAAGUCACCCAGAUGACAGCAACUCUUGAAGACACUCGCAAGCAGAUGCAGGCUGCCUUGUCCACAGCAGGUUUAGUGGAAUCACUCCAGGCCACUGUUGAUGGGCUGAUGGAGACCCUGGAAGAGGAGGUUAGAAAACACGGCCAACUGGAGAUGGACAUCAUUCAGCUCACCGCGGAGAAGGAGCAGUUGACCGUGGAGAAGGAGCAGUUGACCGUGGAGAAGGAGCAGUUGACCGUGGAGAAGGAGCAGUUGACCGUGGAGAAGGAGCAGUUGACCGUGGAGAAGGAGCAGUUGACCGUGGAGAAGGAGCAGUUGACUGUGGAGAAGGAGCAGUUGACCGUGGAGAAGGAGCAGUUGACCGUGGAGAAGGAGCAGUUGACCGUGGAGAAGGAGCAGUUGACUGUGGAGAAGGAGCAGUUGACUGUGGAGAAGGAGCAGUUGACCGUGGAGAAGGAGCAGUUGACCGUGGAGAAGGAGCAACUUGAGGCUGACUUGCAGAGGCACAGUCUGAAUGCUGGGGAUGAGAGGGACGAGGUCAAACAGGAGAACGAGUGUCUCCAGCGUACGCUACAGAGCCUGACGGAGAACUACGAGGCUGUUCAGUCUGCGUUUGAGAGAGCAACCCGGCAGAGCGAGGACGAGGCCAGAGAGAGGAUCGGAACGUUUGCGAGGGAACAAACCGAGCUCCAGCAGAGACUGAGCGGACUGCAGGGUGAACUAGCCCUGUUCAAGGAGCACUAUGACAGCCUGAUGACUCAGGCAAGCCAGCAGCAGUCCCUCAUAGAGCAGCUUCAGACCAAGAGAGACCAGCAGGCCUCUACAGGAGAGGCGGACGGGCCGACGUCAGGCUCCUUCUUCAACGUCAGCUUACCCUUAAAAGAAGAUACCGUGGAGAUGAAACCAACAGAUGACCUCCACAACUCUGAGGUACCUCAACAGGCAGGAAGUGACGGCAACGAUGAGCCAGCUGAAGAGUUCAGUGACUGCAUGGAUAAAGUCCCUGUAGAGCAGCAGAAAGCGCUCAGUGAAAGCCUAGAUAAUGAUGUGACACUCAGCAGUGAACAUCCUGCAGUCUCUGAAACUCCCCGUGACCAGGACCAGCUGGUCCAGAGCAGGGAGGUGGUCAGAAAGCUAGAGGAGGAGCUACAGACCCUCCACUCCCAGCUUGACCUCGCUACCUCUGAGAUGACCCUCAGGAAGGAGCUGUGCUCUGAGCUGGAGGUCAAAGUUGAAGAGUUAGAGGUGAAGGUCCAACAGAUGGAGGAGGAGAGGUGUGGUGCCGCGGAGAAGAUUAGCGCUGCCCUAGUGGAGAGACGGACUCUAGGUGACCAGAUCUCAGAGUUGACAGAGGAGUCAGAGUCCCUGAGACUGGCGCUGCAGACCUCGAAAUGUCAGCUCUCUGAUGUCAUGGAGAUGCUGGAGACGCUGGAGAUGGCCAAAGGUGGUUGGAGCGAGAGGUUCUUCCAGGUGGAAAGCGAACUGAAGAGGGUUCGUUCUGAGAAGGCCAAUCUGGAAAAACACAUCCUCUCCAUGGAGGCCGAUUUGGAGUGCCUGACAGAGCAGAAAGUCACGCUGGAGACGGAGAUGGAGGCUAGCCGCAAGGCUAAAUGUGACCUGGCCCAGCAGCUGGCCACACUCACCUCAGAGAGCGGACAACUCAGACAGGAGCUAGUGUCCUGCAGCGAGGAUAGAGAUGAGCUGGAACAGUCCGUGGCACAGUGGAAGGAUAAGGCAGAGAGUCUGGAGAAGACAAACGUGGAUACUAGAGAGGUUAUUAAGAUCUUAGAGGAAGAUAUCAGAAAUGGGAAGAGGGAAUCUGAUGUGACGUCUGCUAACCUGGAGAGUCUGCAGAAGGAGAGAGUUCAGCUGGUGCUGCAGUGUCAGACGCUAGAGAAGACCAUCACCCUGCAGAGCGGGGAGAAGGACAACCUGAUUAACCAACUGAACAGCUUCAAAGAUAACCAGAGCACUGCGAGCAGAGACACUGAGUCCAUGGCCUCUAAGAUCCUGUCUCUGGAAGGGGAGAUAUCUAGACUAGCCCAGUCUCUGGAGUCUUCUCUGCUAGAGAAAGGAGAGAUAGCCUCACGCCUCAACUCUACCCAGGAGGAGGUGGCCCAAAUGAGGUCGGGCAUCGAGAGGCUCCGGGUCCGCAUAGAGUCCGACGAGAGAAAGAAAAAACACAUGAGCGAACUGCUGAAGGCUGCCCAGAGGAAAACUGAUGCUCUUCAGGACCAGAUUGACAAACAGGAGAGAGAGAGGGAAGACGCUGACCAAAACCUAGAGGAGGCUGUGCUUCAGGCCGAGACGGCCAUGGCCCAACUGGAAGAGUUGGAGGAAGAGAAGAAGGAACUGGCCAGGAAGAUUGAGGAGAUGACCACCGAACUGGACAGCCUAAGAAAUGAGAAAGAGAGGAUUGAGGGAGCGCUCUCCCUGAAGAACGCAGAGAUUGAGGAGAUGAAGGCAGCAAACCGAGCUGCCACUGAGGAACUGGAGAGGGGGAUGAGAGAGGCGGAGGACAAACAGAGGGCAAUGGUGGAAGAGUUACAGGCCCACCUUGGCUCGGUGAGCUCUGAGCUGCAGAAAUGCAGAGAAGGCCUGGAGGGAGAGAAGGAGAGAAUGCGGUCUCUAACGGAGGAAUGGGAGAAAGAGCGGGAGAGGAUGCAGUACUUAGUAGGUGAAUGGAAGACUGAGGGGGAGAGGCUGAAGAAAGAGGUGGAUCGACUGCAGGCUUUGGAGAUCGAGCGGGAGAAGGAGAGAGAGAUGCUUACUCUGAGACUGCAGGAGGACCUGGAGGCACAGCAGAGAGAGAUGGGGGACAUCAGAGAGAACAACAACACCCUGCAGCAAGAGAUGGAGAAGCUGCAGGCGCGACUGUCGGAGUGGGAGCAGAAAGAACAGACUCAGUCUGCAGAGAGACUAGAACUACAGCAGCAGGCAGAAAGCUACAAGUUAUCCCUGGAGGAGGUUACCUCAGAGAAGGAGGUGCUGAAGGCACAGCAGGAGGAGGAGGUGGCAGCCCUUAGGGGUGAGCUGACCUCGGAGCAGGAGGUGCUGAGGGGACAGUUGGCUGCAGCGGAGGAGGAGAUCAGAGGUCAUCUGUCAGAGCUGAGCAGCCUGAGAACCAGAAUGGAGGAGCUCAGCACUACCAUCACACAGCAGGACAGCAGCAAACAGGUAUCUGAGCUGAGCUCCAGAGUGGCCCGUCUCUCUAAGGAGAGGGACUCAGCCCUCAGUAAGGUUAACCUGUGGAUGAACUCCUGUAAACAGCUGGAGAAGGAGAGGGAGGCACUUGUACUGGAGACCCAGCAACUACAGGCCAGCCAGACACCAGCUGGUAAAGAGAGCAGUGAUGAGGUACAGAAGAGGAGCAUUGAGGAGGUGCAGACUGAACUCAAAGAGUUGAAGAAAGCUCUAGAGGAGAGGAGUGAGGAGGUGCAGGUGCUCAGCAAGACUCUAGCAGAGAGAAGCAGGGAGUUGGAGGUGCAGAAGAGGAGCAGUGAGGCUGAACUGGAGGAGCUUACUGAAGCCUUGGAGGAGAGGAGCAGGGAGGUGGACGAGAGCAUGGAUAAAUACUGCAGCCUGAUGGUCCGUGUCCACAAGCUGGAGGAGACCAACGAAACGCUGAAAACACGUCUGGAACGCUUUGUCACGCACACCACUAGCAGCACGGCUAACAAUGCUAGCAACAAAACACCCAGGCGAAAGUCAGGCAGGAGGUCAGCCGCCAGGGCACAGGAAGCACUCAUACCAUUGUGUCCCGCAGAGAUGGACUCUGAGAACACGAUGCCUGCUGGUCAGGGGUCGUUGGGGAAGAGGGGUUGUGGUGCGCUAGCAGCUAGCGACAACAGCAACACUCCAUUUAAAGCACAGGAGGCCCUUCUGAACACUGCCAAGAGGAUCAAAGCAACAGCAACCACGCCCAGACCAGGAAGUAGACAGGAAGAGGAGGAAUUAAGGCCAGAGGGACUUCCUGAGCUGGUGCAGAGAGGGUUUGCUGAUAUCCCUCUAGGAGAGGCCAGUCCCUUCAUCAUGAGGAGAACCGCAGUGCUGCGCUGUAGCCCUCGUUUGGCCGCCGCCCGACACAAGGUGCUGGAGCCCCUGUCCCUUCAGAGCCCUGUCGGCAUGGCAACUCUGCCAGACAGCCCUGGUGGGAAAGGCCUGUGUGUUAGUCCUGCCCCCAGUGGCGAGGAGAGGCGUGGCCGUCGGUCCCUGAGCACACGGAAGACUCCGGAACAGAGGGAGAAACGCAAAGAGGCCAUGAUGACAUCACGCCAAGAGGAGAACUGCCAAAUGCAGUAACAUAGCAACUAACUAACCUGUACAAUCCUUACCAGGAGUAGAUGCCAGUAACACCCCAGACCAAACCAAUAUGAUGACAGAAUACUGGUGUCAGAAUGUCUGAAAUGGCAUUACUAAUGAAAUGUAUCUGUCUGUGUUACAGUAGUACAAAUGGAAUGUGAUUAUCCAAUGUGAGCUGUAGAUAUUAAAUGUUUCUGUGUUUGUUUUGUUCUGAACCUGUUUUAUAUUUUCUAUUCCUCUUGAUUUACUACUACUGUUAAUAGCACAACAAACUUGUUGGUUUUCCAGACACAAAUUAAUCCUACUGGACUAAAAAGCAUGCUCAAUGGAGAAUCUCCAUGCCAUUGGAACUUAAUGUGUGUCUGUGGAAACUAGCCCAUGAAGUCGUGUAAGAUAAACUCCAAUACCUAGUUCUGAAGCGUUACUGGUCUUUUCUGUGUCAAUAACUAAUAAUUCCACUUCACUCCAGCUCAUUGGUUGUUCAUAAUGAUAUAACUGCUGUUUUACUAAACAUUGUGAUCACA